AGAUGCAGAAAUCCUUCCUAAACAGGAAGCCUUUCCCAAAGAAGAAGAAGGCUUCCCAAAACGGACCAAUCAGGAUAUGUGUUCAGUCAAGACGAUGAAUCUCACUAACCCGGAGGAAUUUCUGCAUGAAACCAAUUUUCUUGAAUUCUACACUCAAGGAGAGUCCAAGACCAAUUUGAAUCAGCCCAAAAUCUAUCCGGACCAGAAAGAUAUGAAUUUCUCAAACUGGAGGUUUUCCAGCCCGUCUACCGGCGAGGGUCCGAGUUUAGAAGCAGUUUCGAGCCCAAUGAAGAAGCAUUCCGAUCCAAACCAAUCUAUUUUCUUCAAGGUGGAUCUCUUAGCUUUCUAACCAGCCAAGAAUGAGGAGAAAAGUCCCUGGAAUUAUGGAGUUAUGGCCCAUUUCCCUAAACCGGUCAAACCAGUUUUGCACCUGCCUUAUUUGGAGUCUCACCGGUUCAAUCAAUCCCAAACCAAGCUAUGGCGACCAGGAGAGACAUCUAACCAUUCAGGAGACCAAUACAAGUAUCCAGGAGAGUCAGAUACGUUCUUACCAUGCACCAGAACCCACAUGAUCAAGAGGAUGUAUUUAUGGCCACACUUGCCUUAUUUGGAGUCUCAAGCAUUCAAACUCCAACAGCUAUAUUCCUUUCAAUUUAUGGACGAGAUCAGCACUUAUCAAGCUCCCAGGAAGGUCCCAAAGAAGUUAUCUUAUCCUCUUAAACCGUCCAGAUUCAAAGAAACUCAAGCCAAGACAAAAUCCCAAAGAUAUCACUCCAACGGCUCUAUUUCGAUCAUGACCAGCACCAUUGCAGCCUUAUCUUUAUUUUUGUUUCCUUUCUUUUUUUUUAUAUCCGUUUGGUCUCUGUCUAAGGUCGUGCCCUAUAUAAGCAGACUCAUUUGUACAUUUUAGAUUCACCUUUCAAUCAAUAAAAUAGUAUGCAAAGCAUUUUCUUUUCAAAGAGUGUUCUUUGAGUUGUUCUUUAGAAUUCUAAGUGUGAGAAGCAUUAGAGAUCUACUGACCUCGUGGUUCUAAGGGUUGUUUGAGAGAUUCAUCAGCCUUGAAGAUCACAGAUUGAGAGAGUCAAUCAAACCCACAGAUUGAGAGAGUCAAUCAUCUUCUAUCCAACAUCAUCUUCCCACCAUCCAUCUUCAAACAACUAUUCAUCAACCAUCCCAUCUCUUCAUCUUUUAGUUUAUGUUCUUAUUUUCCUUAUUCAUAAACUCACUGUUCUUCCUUUGUUUCAGGUUAUCUUGGAUGUGAAGGGACAGUAGUUCAUUCAUCAAUCACCUUCAUCUUUACCGAUUUCUAUACCAUCUACCAUCCUUUAUUCUCAAGAGAGUGCGUGAAAGCCAGCUUGAGGAUCCAUCUCCACCACCUUCCAAAGGCUCCAUCCGAGUCUUAUAUCAUUUUGGUAUCAGAGAUUAAAGCUUUUGAAUCUGGUGAUAUCUAUCCACUCAUCAUCUCUUUUACAUUUGUUUCAUUUAUAAAAUCAUAAAAAUCCAUAAAAAUUGCAUUGCUUGCAUUUUCUGUCCAUUAUUGCAUUUGCUUGUUCUAGGUGUUAAAACCAGGGAGAGGCAUGAAAAAGAUAACUCAUUUGCUUGUUUGAUUCAUUUAGAAAAUUCAAAAAAAAAAAUCAUCCUUGUUUGCAUUUACUUGCAUAGCUCCACUUUCCUUUUUCGGUUUCAUUUGCAUUAAUCAUAGGAUCUUUUUUUUUAAUUCAUGUUUUGUUUCUUUUAAAUUGAAAACCAAAAAAAAAAAAAAAUUAAUUUGCUUGUUUUAGUUUAUAAAUUUCGAGAUUGAUAAAAAAAAAGAGUUUAUUUUCCAUUUGUUUUCAAAUCUUCAAAAAAAAAAAACACAAGUUUUCAAUUUUUUCUCUUUAUUCUUCGUUCCUUAUUUUGUUAAGGCACAAAUUGAUUCUCCUUUCUUUGUUUGUGCAAGGUACCAAUAAGAAAAAUACAGAAGAGAAGUUAUGGGAGAUUACUUAGAAGAUGAAAGUUCCUAUGAUUCAAGCCAAGACUCCGAGCUUGAUGAAACCGACCAAGCUUGGUCCAAUGAAGAGGAUGGCUGUGAUGAGUCCUGUUCUGAUGAUAACUACUCUAUGUCAGAGUAUGGAGACGACCCUGAUGAAGCAUAUCCCGAACCAGAGCCCCCUGAUUACUCCUAUGAAGAUACCAGCCACCAAGGAGAGUAUGAAGGAGAAACUGAACCAAAUAUCAGUUUCAAUGAAGAAAAUGAAUUUCCUGGAGAUAAUACAGAAGGUGAUGAUAAAGAAACUGACCAGGAAGACUAUGGAAGUGAUUCAUGGCAGGAAGAAGAAGAUACCUUGAAUCAAGAGGCUGAACAAGAAAAUACCUUUGGUGACAAUUCAAGGCGUGAGGAGUCAAACCAGAGUCCUAAUAAUGAUCAAGACAUAGAAGAAGGGUCAUAGUCUGAAGAGCUAUUCUCUGGUUUUGAGGAAAGACAAGCAUUGUCUAUGCAGUCUUACCGAGAUUCUGGUUCAUGGUAUGAGGAAACUGACUCUCAAGUCCGUGGUGAUGAAACCAUGCAAUCCAGCCAUGAGACUGAGAUCCAUGGAGAUGAACUAGGCGUGCCUGAAGAGGAGGAAGCCAUAAGUGAGGCUGGAAGCAAUAUUAUGGAACAAGAACUUCAUUCCAUAUACUUCACCGGUUAUGGCAAAAGAACUGAAGCAUACCUAGAGUGGGAGGACCAAAUAGAGACCUUGUUCCAAAGUCACCACGUUCCAGAAGAGGAGAAGCUGUCUUAUGCUACUAAGACACUCACUGGUCCUGCUCUUACAUGGUGGGAAGAAGAGGAAUACAAUAGUUGGUAUUGUGGUGACCCAGCUCAUACUUGGGAGAGUUUCAAAUUGGAGAUACUUGAGGAAUUCGUGGAGAAAGGUCCAGAACUUGAGUUCCCCAUGAUCCUUACACAUGCAGUCUGUCCUCACACCUCAACCAUAAGUUCUAAGCCUAAUAGCAAGCAAACUAACCAGCAUCACAGCCCACAAAGGACAGAACCGGUUAUAGAGAAGAAAACUGUCAAAAAGCAAGAGCGCUCACAGCUAAGUUCACUCCAGUUGAUAAAGGUACCAGAAACAUUUCCAUCCGCAAAAGGAACUUUACAACCAGGGAAAAAGAAGGCUGAAGUAGUUCUUGAGAGAAGAGAACCCCAAACUGAAGAUGAAGCUAUGGCACAAGGUUUGCAAAAACCACCAGCAUCAUCAAGUCAAAGUAAGUCCUCUAAUUCUAAAAAUAUUAAAAUUCAGACAUGUUAUAGAUGUCAUAAGAGGGGCCACUUUGCUGUAAAUUGUCCAUCUAGAAAGCUAUUAGGAAAUACAUCACUUGACUUGAAGACAGAACCAACAAAAAGUGAUAGUCUUUCUCCAUUAGAGUUUUCAAAUUCUGGAUUUAUGCACUUGUCUUUGCCAAAGAGUUUUGAUCCAGGUAUAAAGCAAGAGGAUGGACAACCUAACAGUUUUGAGAGGUUGAAAGAAAGCCAUGGACAGCACCUGACUUGUCCACAAAACGUUGAAGAAGUUGCAAGAACCAUCCAAAGCACACAUGCUGCCAAAAAGCAAAUAUUUCUUCAACUAUCUGAAACUAUUUGGGUAAAUCUGAAUUUAAACCUUCCUAUUUAUAAUUUUAUAAACCCAGAUAUAAUGCACUUGUUUCUUUCCCAGAAUGUUGAGAUCAUUGCAGGUAGUAAAGAGGCUGUUCGGGAAGAGCUCCCACCAAAGAAGAACUUGUUGCAAAGCCAAGUUCAAGACAAGGAGAUAUCACUGCCCAUACUGAUCAAUACCAGACACACUAAGGGAGAAAGUGUUAUACAAGACCAGAAAAUAGGAGUGAUCCUAUCUUACCUUCUCAAAGGAGAACCCCCAAAUGCCCCACGCAUCAUCACACCUCAAGUUUUUCAAGGUUAUCCAGUUUCGAGGUCGAAACCUUCUCAAGAGGGAGAGUAUGAUGAGGACAUCAAGUCAUCAUCAGAAAAGGAGAAAUGAACCAGAAGAACAUCAGUAGCUGAACCAGAAGCUCAGGCUCAGGAAGCCUUUCCAGAAGAAGAAGAAGUCCGUCCUAAACAGGAAGCCUUUCCAAAAGAUGCAGAAAUCCUUCCUAAACAGGAAGCCUUUCCCAAAGAAGAAGAAGACUUCCCAAAACGGACCAACCAGGAUAUGUGUUCAGUCAAGACGAUGAAUCUCACUAACCCGGAGGAAUUUCUGCAUGAAACCAAUUUUCUUGAAUUCUACACUCAAGAAGAGUCCAAGAUUCAAAGAAACUCAAGCCAAGACAAAAUCCCAAAGAUAUCACUCCAACGGCUCUAUUUCGAUCAUGACCAGCACCAUUGCAGCCUUAUCUUUAUUUUUGUUUCCUUUCUUUUUUUUAUAUCCGUUUGGUCUCUGUCUAAGGUCGUGCCCUAUAUAAGCAGACUCAUUUGUACAUUUUAGAUUCACCUUUCAAUCAAUAAAAUAGUAUGCAAAGCA